UCUCUAGUUUCUUCUGAUUCCGCCAUUAUUGGGGGAGCAGAAAAGUCUAGUGUACUAGUGUGUUUAAUGCAGAAGAUAAUUAAAGAGUUUUUUUUUUUCCUACUAUCAUCUCAUCCAUCCACAUAAACACUUGGCCUGAUUUAGUUUCUUUGAAAGUUCUUGGCUUGUCCUCCUUAAAUUUUCGAUAUCUUUAAGGUAAGAUCAUCAAGCUUCCAUUUUUGAGAUCUGGGUUCCGACAAAGAUUCUUCUUUUUUUUUUCUUUGUCUCUACCCAUCUCUCAUUCCCCCUAUUAUCGGAUCCUGCUCGAAUCUUUUUACAGUAUUGGUAGGUAGCUUUAGGAGACUUCCCUUAAUUGUGUUGUACGUGCUGUGUUUUAGCUCAAUGUAAAAGAAAGUUCAAAAAAGAUUCAAACUUUACCUUUCGAGCUUUCAAAUGGGGGAGACACAGAACCUACACUUACCUCUACGAACUCGGUCUUCUCUAAAGAAGCCCUUACUGAUCAUUCUAUUGAUCUGCAUCACAAGCGUGCUCUUAAUCUGCACUUACAUGUACCCACAGCACAGCGUUAAGAGCCCCGCUUGUGAGGGUUUGUCCAGCAGAGGCUGCCAAGCCGCGCUCUCCGGAUGGCUUGACGUUCACGUCAGGAAACACACAGACGAAGAAGUCGCUGCUCGUGUUGUGAUCAGAGACAUACUCAGAAUGCCUCCGGCUCUGACCUCUAGAUCGAAGAUAGCUUUCAUGUUCUUGUCUCCUGGUACUUUGCCAUUCGAGAAGCUCUGGGAUAAGUUUCUCCAGGGUCAAGAAGGGAGGUUCUCGAUUUACAUACAUCCCUCGAGGUUAAGACCAGUUCACAUCAGCCGUCACUUUACGGACCGUGAGAUUCACAGCGACCAUGUCACGUGGGGAAGGAUCUCUAUGGUUGAUGCUGAGAGGCGGCUUCUGGCAAACGCUCUUGAAGAUCCUGAUAACCAACACUUUGUUCUUCUUUCUGAGAGCUGCAUACCGUUGCAUACGUUUGACUACACCUAUAGAUAUUUGAUUCACGGAAAUGUCAGCUUCAUUGACAGUUUUGAGGAUCCUGGUCCGCAUGGGACUGGUAGACACAUGGAUCACAUGUUACCUGAAAUCCCCAAGCAAGAUUUCAGAAAGGGUGCUCAGUGGUUCACAAUGAAGCGUCAACACGCUUUGAUAGUGAUGGCUGAUAAUCUCUACUACUCAAAAUUCCGCCAAUAUUGCAGACCUGGGGUAGAAGCAAAUAAGAACUGCAUUGCGGAUGAACAUUACCUGCCUACAUUCUUCCAUAUGCUUGAUCCUGGAGGAAUCUCGAACUGGUCAGUCACGUAUGUUGAUUGGUCUGAGCGUAGAUGGCAUCCAAAGACAUACAGAGCCCGAGAUAUCUCACUCAAGUUCUUGAAAAAUAUCACGUCAGACGACAUGAGCGUGCACGUGACAAGCGUUGGCAAGCGUGGAGAUGAGCUGCAUUGGCCUUGUACAUGGAAUGGAAUUAGACGUCCAUGUUACCUAUUCGCGAGGAAGUUCCACUCAGAUUCUGUUAACAAACUGGUCAAACUCUUCCCAAACUACACCAGCACAGUAGUUUGAGAGAGAGAGACAGACACAAAUUCUUGAGACUGGAAUUGCAUAUUACUGUAAAUUUUCGAUAGAAUCUGAAAAUGCUUUUGGGAUUUAAUUGUCUAUUUGAUUUGAUGGGACAGGGCUACUCUGCUUUUUAAGCUGUAGUAAGCAGAGAUUUUUGGUUAAGGAAUUGGUUAUUGUGAUUUUAGCCAUGGUUUGGUUAGUAUGAACCGGUUUAUGAUGUUGUAAUAUUUGAGCUGUUAGUAGUUUAGCACAA